CUGAGUGACUUGACACUGGCGGUAGGAAUGGCGGCUAAGAUUACUAACGCUAGAGGAAGGAGCCCAAAGACCAUGAAACUUUACUUCUAGCGGCCCCGCAGAGGAAUUUGUCUCUACCGAAACGCAGUCACAGCAUCCCACAACGGAUUAAAGGGAGAAGAAGUGCUAUUACGUGAGAUUUUCGCGUUAGAAGUCCAGGCUGAGGAGGUGGACGCACUUUGCGACUCGCUAGUUAACGUUAGCUCAACGUUAGCUCAACGUUAGCUCAACGUUAGCUCAACGUUAGAGCCCACUGACUCUGACUCAAGGUAGCGGUUAGCUUACUAGCCAGCUGUUGGCUACUUCGGCUUGGCUGGCCCAACAAGUUAACUCAAGUGAUUAACUGCAAUGAAAGCGGUCCUCGUUUGAAUUAGUUUGAAUGGUGAUCAGCUGUCUUUGUCGACAGAUAGUGUUAGGGUGUUUUUUUUUGUUUGUUUUUGUUUACAGAGAGCGGGAUCGGACGACAACAAGUCGACACGGCGCGGUGUGAACAUUAUUACCGCUAACCUCAUCGGUAGCUCGCUAGCUAGCUGAGUUGGGAUCCUGAAGUCUCGCCCAUUUUUUGGAUCCUGCCCCAGCCAUUGGCUCAGGGCUAAUCUACAGCCCACUAGUCUGGUUUUCAGGUCCGAUUGGUGCUACAAUGGAAAGCCUAACGCUGACUGAUAUCGAGCAGAAAUAUUACUCGGAUUUGUUCGUUUACUGCGACACGGACAACACCAAGAAAGUGGCGUCCAAUGGGAGAGUUCUUGACCUUUUCCGGGCGGCCCAGCUACCCAGCGAAGUUGUCCUGCAGAUCACAGAGCUAUGUGGAGCCACUCGGCUGGGUCACUUCGGGCGGAGCCAGUUCUACAUCGCUCUGAAGCUCAUUGCCAUUGCCCAGUCCGGUCUGCCCCUAAGGGUGGAGAGCCUCAACUCGGUCAAAGACCUGCCACUGCCCAGGUUCGUGGUGGGGAAGAAUGAGGCAGAGGCGAGGCACGCGGCACUGUACCAGGACACAGACAGUCAGGGGUUGUACCCAGCCUCUGCCACUGCAGUAAUACCCAGGCCACCGGGCAGGGGUCUCCAGAACAAGAAAGGUCCCCCAUCAUCAACCGCACUUCCUGUCCACGAGGUCAUCCAGCCCCUGGCACCCAGUAUAGAGCCACAGCCCGAACCAACGUCCCCGGUGGUCUCCCCUCACCAGUCUCCCCCCACCUCCCCUCACUCGUGGAGGAAACACAAGCGGCAGCACAGCGGAGGAAACGCAGACAGACAGCCGGUUGUGGCUGCAACCGGAGCUGUGUGGACGCAGUUCAGAGAACCACAAGCAGGUCCAGUGCCAGGUGAGGGAAUGUGGCCGUCCCACUCGCCUCCCCCUCCAGGUCAGGAAAGUUGGGUCAGUUUCACAGCAGACACCCCGCCAUCCAGCGCACUCCCAGCAAUGCAUCCCUCGUCAGUCCAGGAAAGCACAACGAUACGAACUGUGGCCUCAGCAGCAACAACCAAUGAGAUCCAGCGACAGUCCAGCGGCUACGAUGAUCCAUGGAAGAUCACGGAUGAGCAGAGACAGUAUUAUAUUAACCAGUUCAAAACCAUCCAGCCAGACCUCACCGGCUUCAUACCUGGUUCAGCCGCGAAAGAGUUCUUCACCAAAUCAAAACUACCGAUUUUAGAGUUGUCACAUAUUUGGGAACUGUCAGACUUUGAUAAAGACGGAGCGCUGACCCUGGAUGAGUUCUGCGCCGCCUUCCACCUGGUCGUGGCCAGGAAGAAUGGCUACGACCUGCCCGAGAAACUGCCCGAGAGCCUGAUGCCAAAGCUGAUUGACCUGGAUGACUCAGCAGAGGUCUCGGAGUCGACUGCUGACGUUGGAUACUCGGGCUCCCCGGUCGAGGUCACCCCUAACAAAUCUCCCUCCAUGCCUUCACUCAACCAGGCCUGGCCAGAGAUGAACCAGAGCAACGAGCAGUGGGAGACGUUUAGCGAGCGCUCCUCCAGCUCACAAACUCUGACCCAAUUUGACUCUAACAUUGCACCAGCUGACCCUGACACGGCCAUCGUCCACCCAGUCCCCAUCCGGAUGACGCCCAGUAAGAUCCACAUGCAGGAGAUGGAGCUGAAGAGAACUGGCAGCGACCACAACCAUCCUACCAGUCCGCUGCUGGCUAAACCUCCCGAACUGUCUGAAGAAGCCAAAUUGCCCACCUCCAUGAAGUUUGUAGCCGCCAACACUGUAGGUGAUGGUUACAGCAGUUCAGACUCCUUCACCUCAGACCAGGAGCCGAUCACAAGACAAAGGUCUCAGUCGGGUACGUCUCCAGAGGCCCUGAAGGUGGUAGCCCCCCCUCCACCUCCGCCCCGCCCCCACCCCUCUCAUUCUCGCUCCUCAUCUCUCGACAUGAACCGCACCUUCGCUGCCACAUCUGCACCCGGACAACCACAACCCUCUACUAUAGCUUUCCCGCCUGCUGUGCCUCCUCGACCGCUGCCCACACAGACAUCAGUGCCACUCACCGGGCAUCGUGGAGAGGCCGAGGUCGCACCCGGUGGCGGAGCGGUGCUCACCACCACCUCCCCCCAACAGAUUCCUCAGCAGCCCAAUUUUGCUGACUUCAGUCAGUUUCAGGCCUUCGCUGCAUCUGAACAGCCUUCCAGCCUGCCAGAGGUCGAUAUACACAGUGAGCCUGGACAGGCGGAGAAGUCGUCAGAGGGAGCCGGCCCUUUAAGAACAGUCAAGAGUGAUGGCCAAGCAGAUGAGAGAUCUUCAGCGACUGUCAACUCUGCCAAGGGUUCGUCCGGUCCGCUCGCUCCUCCGCCAAAACCUGUGCGCCGAAGGUUGAAGUCCGAAGAUGAGCUUCGACCGGAGGACGAGCAACACGGUCCGCAGAAAUCAAACGUCAUAGCUGCCGUCCUGGCCACUCAGCCCUCCAUCCCCAGGUCAGUAGGAAAAGACAAAAAGGCGAUUCAAGCUUCAAUCAGAAGAAACAAGGAGACGAACACAGUGUUGGCACGACUCAACAGUGAACUGCAGCAGCAGCUGAAGGACCUGCUUGAAGAGAGGAUAUCCCUGGAAGUCCAGCUGGAGCAGCUCAGACCUUUCUCCCACCUUUAACCAACGUGAAGAGGAAACCUCAACUGUAGUUCAUCUGAAGCAACGCUCGCUGUGACUCCCCCUCCAUCGCUCCCUCCCUCCUUCCUCCCACCAUCUUGGCUUUCCCUGGAGGCUCCGACCUGCUUCAGGGUGCUCCGUUAAAACUCUUACGCUCAAUCACACACACUUACUGUUCAUAAACCGGAAGGACCUGAGAGCGCAGUCUUACCAAGAGGAGGAGGCAACAGGAGUGUGGUGGGGGAACUGGCACUUUUCAAUUUUUCUCUAAAGAGAGGUGAACGUGAGGACGACGGCAGACUGAGAAACGGUUCGGAGUGGCAAACAAAGCACUCCCACUGCGAGUGUGGUCUGAAGACAAACUGCUGGUGUCCGAUACUCUCUGAAUGACUGAAGGAGAAAGGCGGAGUGUGUUUGUUGUGUGUUUGACUGUAUUUUUGCUCCUGUUUAGUGACUUUCUUGAGGCUAGCACCAAUAUGUUUAUUUUCUCUUGGGGUACAGACUCAAGCCACACCAAAUUUCUAUUUAAAAUCAGGCAACUUUUAAGUAAAUUUAAACAGUUCAGUAUUUGGGGGAAAUAUACGCUUCUUCGCUCUCUUUAAGCGUAAGAUGGGAAGAUCUAUAUCAAUCUCGUGUGUGUUUAUUGCAGAGAUGGAGUCUGACUCUAGCUUAGCUUAGCAUAAAGACUGGAAGCAGAGAGCCUGGCUCUGUCCAAAGUUCAAAACUACACCUACCUGCUCCUCUAAAAUUCACAAAUUAACGUGUUGUCUCUGGUUUGUUUAAUCCUUACAAAAACAGAAAAUAAAAACAACUAUUUGUGGUUUUAGUGGGAGUUGUUUUUCCCAAAAUGUCGAACUAUUCCUUUAAUUGUGUCACUUAUUGGCACAUCUCCUUUUAUACUGCUGUGAAUACCUACUUAGAAUUGGACAGCAAUUGUGGAAAAUGGGACACUAAAAGCAUUUCUGCUUUAUAUGUCAUCAAAGACGGUCCGUCUACUGAACAUUUUACCUUUAGUGUGUCCCCAUUUUCACAACAUUUUGAUGAAAUUCGGUCACAGAGAUAUUACAGGCUUUGAAAAUACGAGAACAUCUACACCAGGAAUCUACAUCUGCCAGUAAACGAGGAACGUAAAAAGUGCCAUUUUUUUUGACUGGAGUCUGGUGUGGUUGGUCUGUCCAUAAAACAUAUACUGGCCUACUUCUGGACAGGACGUUGUAUGUGUGUUUGUGUGAGGCCUUUAAUGGCUAAAUCAUCAUGGUGAAGGCUUUUUUUUUUUUUUUUUACUCAGCCAACCUCCCUCUUCUUACUGCCCCUUGAAGUCUAUGUGUGUGUGUGUGUGUGUGUGUGUUUGUGUGUGUGCGUGUGUGGUUGAUGGCAUGCUGCAGUGAAUGAAUGAAUGUGCUUUGUCUCCCCCCCUCAUGUUACAGUGUUUGGAGAUUGAUGUGACUGAAUGGUUUAACUUUAUGCCAAAUGACUGAACUGUCACUCUGCCCUCUCACCUCUACUUGGGCUGUGUUUUAAAAAAAAAAAGAAAAUGCAACCUUGAUUCCUUUCUCACAGGUUUCUCUUGAUUUUUUCCAAACAUAGCUGUGCAUCAACAUUUCAGCUUUCUUUUAAACCUCUUAUCCUUGGUUGCUGCAGUUAUUUACAGUCUUUAACUUCACCUGGAUGCGAAAUGUUGAGUCAAAACAGACAUUCACUUGAAGGGUUUGAAGAUAUUCCAGCUGCUUGACUGCAGGAGGCGGCAUUCAUGAAGAAGUGUGUUGCUGAUCAGGGAGAGAAGUGUUCCUGUGAUUUUCCGGUCAGCAAACACACGUGCACAUCCGAUCUGACGGUGCAGAUAAGAGUUAAUAUUGAUUAAGAAUUCAGCUGUUUUCCAAUCGGGCAGUCGGCACUAUGCAAGUACGGGCGAUACAUCUUCACAGACCAACUAUGCUUAGCUGUUUGUACUAUGAUAGUAGCAACUGUGUGAGCAGUUUUUUGUAUCUUAGAUCUUCCAAUACACCAUCUACUGUAUGUUUGUGAUUCAUUUUGCCUUUUUCUUUUUGGUACUGACGAGCAGUCCGCUCCCCCCCCCGCUCCCGACUGCAGAGGGAGUAAACUCCAGAUCAGUGUUUUAUUAGGGCACUUCCACCCUAAAUCUGCAAGAUACGACCCUUGGUGGUUGUAGAUGAAGCUUAACAGGACUACAGACGGAGACCAGUCAACAGAACGGGAGACCUGAAUGACCCAACUGCACUUUGAACUUAAACCCACCCCUAUCCCACCUCCUUAUUUCUUUUGUAUUUUUUAUUUGUUACGUCCCUCUUUGCUUUCUUUUAACCUGCAUGAUGUUGUAUUUAAAAAAAAAAAAAAGAAAGAAGUUGCUUUAAGAAGAAAAAUAAUGAACCACUCGAGUUUUAUUUUUUUCCGUACAACCUGGAAACUGUAAGGUUUUUGUGCCAGUACCCUAAAAUAUCCUGUCUUGUUUGUUUGUUUGUUUUUAAUUUUUUUAUAAAUGUUUUGUCCCUGGAGCUUCCUGUGUGUUUGCGAAGAAUCUUCUUCUUAAGCCUUACUCCCCAACUGGCGUUCAGGUUUCCAUGGUGGCUGACUGACCUCUCCUCCUUGUUGUAUCACGGCUCGCCUUCUUUUUUCUGCUGUUGAGGAUGAUGAUGUACUUGGUGUGUGUGUGUGUGUGUGCGCGUGGGUGGGUGGGUGGGUGGGUGUGUGCGUGUGUAAGUGUGUUAUAUUGUUUCCAGACCUGGAACUAAUACCAUUUAAAACCCUAUUAAAAACCUUCAUGUGGGAUUGAUUUAUGUUUGCUAGCACAAUAGCUCCCCUCCAACCCUAAACCCAAAAGGCAAUCCAGGCAGGCAGAAGCAAUUAGUCGUUAACAUUAAAGUCUUUGAUGGGAUUUUGAAUGCUAUUUGCUCCCAGAUCUGCGUUGUAUAUUGUAUAUGAUACACACUUUUGGACUCAUAUGUAAAUUUGCAUUAAUUGCUGACUAACAGCGAAAGAAUAUUCUAUUUAAUUCCUUCUCUCUUGGCUGUGGGAUCCUAGAUGUUUAACUGCAUGGAUGUACUGUAUCUCUGCAGAGUCAACUAGCAGCUGUGUGAUUUUUACACAAAAAUAAAAAUGGCACAAUAUUUUAAA